AUGGCGUUCAACUCUUUCGCUUAUCAUCUUCUAGUUCUCUACUUCUUCUUUUCCUUCUCCUUAGUUUCCCCCGCACAAAUCUCAAACUUCAAGUUGCCAUUAAAAGCAGUGAAUCUUGGGAAUUGGCUUGUUAUAGAGCGUUGGAUGAAACCUUCCCUCUUUGAUGAAAUACCCAACAAUGAGCUUCUAUGUUACUAUGAUGGAACUCAAAUUCAAUUGAAGUCCACGAAGUUUCAGAAGUAUCUCACUGCGGAAAAUGGGGGUGGAGCUUCUGUUGUGGCCAAUCGGGACUCUGCCUCUGGUUGGGAAACUUUUAAGUUACGGAGGAUUGAUGAGAAUACUUUCAAUUUGAGAGUGUUCAAAAAACAGUUCCUCAAUAAAGACCCAGAUACCAGGAUUGUUGCUAUUUCCAAUGCGGGUGAAAAUUUGGAGCCAUUUCAGAUACUUAAACAAAAUGGUUCCCGAAGACAAGUUGGCAACAACAUAGAAUAUCGAGUUCGCAUCGAAGCGCCCAAUGGUUUAUUCCUCCAGGUAAAAUCGGACACAGAGGUAACCGCAGAUUAUGCAGGCUCGAGAUGGGAAGACGAAAAUCCAUCCGUUUUCAUAAUGACAAUUUUAAGUGACAAGAACCUAGGUGGAGAAUACCAACUCACGAAUGGUUAUGGCCCAACUAGAGCCCCUCAAGUGUUGCAGGACCACCGGAACAGUUAUAUCACUGAGCAAGAUUUCAGCUUCCUGUUAUCUAAGGGAUUAAAUGCAGUGAGAAUUCCAGUUGGUUGGUGGAUAAUUUAUGACUCACCACCAAAGCCUUUUGUUGGGGGAUCCUUGCAAGCUUUAGACAACGCUUUCACUUGGGCACAAAAAUAUGGAAUUAAGGUCGUUGUAGAUCUCCAUGCGCUUAAAGCUUCUCAGAAUGGCAAUGAACACAGUGGGUCACGGGAUGGAUAUAAGGAAUGGGGAAAUUCCAACAUUCAAGAAACUGUGGAUGUCAUAGACUUUUUAGCAAAAAGAUACGCGAACCAUCAAAGCCUAAUAGCAAUUGAGCUAAUGAAUGAACCUUGGGCAGAAGAUGAUACGGGAGGUAUCCCUCUAGACACCCUUACAGAAUAUUACCGAGCGGGUCAUAAUGCUGUGAGAAAGUACACAAGUAAUGCUUAUGUGAUCCUGUCAAACCGGCUAGGUGGUGGCGCCAAUCGGAAGGAGCUCCUCCCCUUCGCGAGCGGCCUCGGCGACGACCGCGUAGUCAUUGACGUGCAUUUCUAUAACGCCUUUGAACCUAAGUUUGACAACAUGAGUAUUGGAGACAACAUAAACUACAUCUAUGGGCAACGAGCUUCUGAACUCAAGGAGGUCACAACAUCUAACCGUCUCCCCCUCAUUUUCGUCGAAGAAUGGAGUGCAUCUUGGGGAAAUCAGAAUGUGGGGACAGGUAAAGACCACGAAAAUUUUGCAAACGCCCAAAUUGAAGUUUAUGAACGUGGUGCCAAUUUCGGAUGGGCAUUUUGGUCUUACAAGGUUAAAGAUAAUGAGUACUGGAGCCUCCAGCAAAUGAUCGAGAAUUACCAUCUAAAUCUCUAA